UGUCAGGAGCCAGCCACUCCUUGCCACCCCACUGUGACAUGGAUUCGUGUAGCUCCGAGGAAUUCUACCAGGCUGUUCACCAUGCAGAGCAAACCUUCAGAAAGAUGGAGAGCUACUUGAAGCAACAGCAACUGUGUGACGUUAUCCUGAUUGCUGGGGACCGCAAGAUACCUGCGCAUAGACUUGUCCUCAGUUCUGUCUCUGACUAUUUUGCUGCCAUGUUUACAAGUGAUGUUUGUGAAGCCAAGCAAGAAGAGAUCAAAAUGGAAGGCAUAGACCCCAAUGCGCUGUGGGAUCUUGUUCAGUUUGCAUAUACAGGCUGCCUGGAACUGAAAGAAGAUACCAUUGAAAAUCUUCUAGCAGCUGCCUGCCUCCUCCAGCUUCCUCAAGUAGUAGAAGUUUGCUGCCAUUUUCUAAUGAAGCUUUUGCACCCAUCCAACUGUUUGGGAAUACGAGCAUUUGCUGAUGCACAAGGAUGCACAGAGCUUAUGAAGGUGGCUCACAACUACACCAUGGAGAAUAUAAUGGAAGUUAUAAGAAAUCAAGAAUUUUUACUUCUACCAGCUGAAGAGCUGCAUAAACUUCUUGCUAGUGAUGAUGUGAAUGUUCCUGAUGAAGAGACCAUUUUCCAUGCCUUAAUGAUGUGGGUGAAGUAUGAUAUGCAGAGGCGAUGCAACGACCUAAGUAUGCUACUUGCUUAUAUCAGAUUACCACUCCUUCCACCUCAGAUAUUGGCAGACCUGGAAAACCAUGUGCUUUUUAAGGAUGACCUAGAAUGUCAGAAGCUUAUUCUGGAAGCCAUGAAAUAUCAUCUUUUACCAGAGAGAAGAACUCUCAUGCAAAGUCCAAGGACUAAGCCUAGAAAGUCUACAGUUGGGACACUUUAUGCUGUUGGAGGAAUGGAUAACAACAAAGGUGCUACGACUAUUGAAAAGUAUGAUCUCAGAACAAAUAUAUGGAUUCAGGCUGGAGUAAUGAAUGGCAGGAGGCUUCAGUUUGGUGUUGCUGUCAUCGAUGACAAGCUGUUUGUCAUUGGAGGCCGGGAUGGCUUAAAGACAUUAAACACUGUUGAAUGUUACAAUCCAAAGACCAAGGCUUGGACUGUGUUACCGCCUAUGUCGACACAUAGGCAUGGCUUAGGAGUUACAGUGCUUGAAGGGCCUAUUUAUGCGGUGGGAGGACAUGAUGGUUGGAGUUAUUUGAACACAGUUGAGAGGUGGGAUCCUCAAAGUCAGCAGUGGACAUUUGUGGCAAGUAUGUCAAUUGCCAGAAGCACUGUUGGAGUAGCAGCAUUAAAUGGCAAGUUAUAUUCAGUUGGAGGCCGGGAUGGAAGCUCGUGUUUGAGUUCAAUGGAAUAUUAUGAUCCUCACACAAAUAAAUGGAACAUGUGUGCUCCUAUGUGUAAGAGAAGAGGAGGUGUAGGAGUGGCUACAUGUGAUGGGUUUCUUUAUGCUGUGGGAGGCCAUGACGCUCCUGCUUCUAACCAUUGUUCUCGACUGCUUGACUAUGUAGAAAGAUAUGAUCCAAAAACUGAUACAUGGACAAUGGUGGCUCCACUAAGUAUGCCUCGAGAUGCUGUUGGUGUCUGUCUCCUUGGUGACAAAUUAUAUGCAGUAGGUGGCUAUGAUGGUCAAACAUACCUGAACACUAUGGAAGCAUAUGACCCUCAAACUAAUGAGUGGACACAGAUGGCAUCCUUAAAUAUUGGAAGAGCUGGCGCCUGUGUUGUAGUCAUCAAACAACCAUGACUUUGUCAGCACUGCUUAGGAUUUUACUGACUGUGAAAUGAUUAUUUUUCUAUGAGACAAAGAGAAUGAUAAUUUCACAAGAACAAGGAUUUACACAGUGAAUACUCUGUUGAUCAGAAACUUGAAGUCUGAAAGUGAGAAAGAUUAAGUAUUUAUGUCCUAUAAAAUCGUAAAAACUGUUCACAGUCAGUGGACAAGAAAAAAAAAAACCAGAGUGUGUAGGCGUAAAUAUGUGAAUGUGGAGUAGUAAGCUCAAGUUCUCAUGAAUGUGUCCUGGAGAACUGGAUUACCAAGGUAAAGCUCUAUACAAGAAGCAGAAAGGAACAUGAAAACAGUUUUUGUGGCUGCGAGAGAACUGCAGAAACAUUGAAGUACAUUUAAUAAAUUUGAAACUGUGGUUUUUGAAAAAGAAAAGUUGAUAGUAAUAUAAUUUUUUUCUGUCCACAACCCUCAAGUGGGUUGUGGCCUUCUCAUUUAAAUGGGCAAUUUGAUUCUUACUGAAGGGAAGAGGUCAAAUGGUCUGGAUAUUCAUAAUGGCUGAGCUGUCACUCUACAGUAGGAAUAAAAACAAAACUAAAAGUAAACUUGUUUUGUAUCUUCAGAUUGUACCUCCUUACCAGUUUUAACACGUCUUAUAAAUUAAUCUAUUGAAUGGGAAGACUGUGUGUUUAAUCAAAUAAUACAUAAAGCAAUCCUGUGGCUGCACUGGGGCUUUGUUGCAAAUAUUGGAGUCAAAAGAACAGUUUCCUAAUUCUUUCUUAGUCUUAUAUUCAGUUUAAGCAUGUGGGCUCUACUCUCUUUUUUUAAUGCAUUCUACUGCAUGUUAGAAGCUCAUGACAAGCUGGAAAAUUGAUAUUGUUCUUUCAGUGCAUCAUGUAUCAGAUGAACCCUGACCAGAACAGUCUAUAGAACCUCCUCUAAUAUUUCAAGAGGGAGAAAAGUCCUACAUUUUAGUUCUUUCUAAUGCUCGCAAAUUUUACCUAACUAGAGCUGGCAAUUUAUGACUUUCCACUUAUGACUGAGAAUAACUGAGAAUAACUCCAAGUAGGCAAUUCAGAAUAAAUGCAAGUGAAAUAAGGAAAAAUAUACCAUUUGAUCUAAUAAAGUUCAUAUGGUAAAUAUACUAGUGCCAUCUGUACUUCCCUUUAGAGUUGAUAAUUUCUGCCAGUAAUGAUACUUUGAGCUUUUACUUUGUGAGUGGAUUUAACGCUGAUGCUUUCCGUCUGCUCAGCUGAAUCAGUUAGAACCUAAGGCCACUAAUGGAAUAUGAAAUUCUGCUAUUCAGGGAGGUACAGUUUCUGGGAACAAUUCUAGCAAGUAUACUUCUUUAAAGCCCUGCUGAUCCCUUAGGAAACAUUUCAUGGUCCAAAAGCAGAAACCUCACAAUCCUCUGUCACUAGCAAUUUUGAGAAGUAAUUCUGGUUGCACUAAAACCAGUUUUCCAAUGGAAACCUUUGAAACCACUUGAGAUGAAAAAUUACAUACAGCUUCCAGCUUGGGACAUUUUAUUUGAAGAUAUGUCUUUCUGCCUAACAGCAUCAACAUGC